AUGCUUUUAAUCAUUUCUGUAACAAUUACUGUCAUCGCGCUCAACCGUGUAGACACUGUAAAACAAGUGUCGGUCUCGGCUGCCUCCACCCUCACUUUGCCUCAAGUCACAGGUAUGGUGCCAGUCCCCAACAAUGGUAGACAACCUAUGACAGGCUUUCUUUGCGGUAGCAAAGACACUGUGCUCAAGUUUGCCCACGUCUACUUCGAAGACCUGUCUAAACUAUACGAGCUUAUCGCAAAGGCCGUUGCAGGUAAAUGUCAUCUUAUAGUCGGAAUCCAUGAGCGCAACGCCGACGACAAGCUGCGCAUACCCACUAGCGCCCCGCACACAUUUGACGACGGGCUAGCCGACUGGAUUAAGGAUCAGUACUUGGCCAUAGCCAAAAAGUAUGAUGGUCAUCGCGCCAUAUUUUGCAUACAGGUGGGAUUUAGUAGGUAUGGUGAAACAUAUAAUCAUAACAACCCUGAGUUUAUGCCGUCGCCCACCAAGCUAUUAGAAGUCUUUUCAGCCGUUACUUCAGCGUUUAAAGUCACGCGCAUACAAGUCAGCCAGGAUGUCCUUAACAGUGAUAUCAUGGGGCCACUCGAAUCGCUGGAGAUUGGUAUCACAAGGACUUUUUUUCUCGAAAACAUGGACAAGAGAAAUGUCGACAGUGUCAAGGCCAAGCACCCAUUUGGGGGCGAGAUAGGAGGCAAUGUGACAGGCGAUAGCACAUUUAAUGCGGAUCUGGCUAUUGAAGAGUGUAAAAGAGUAGGAUUCACCUUUUCAAUGUGCAAUCAUCUGCGCAACGAGACCGCGAGUACGAAAAGAGUUGAUCAAUUAAUGAGAUACAGAUACUUUAUCGCAGCCGUGGCCAGCGAUGGCAAAGCCAAAACACAUAUAUCAUUGAAAAACACUGGUGUGGCACCAAUAUACUAUGAUUCGUACAUUACAAUGGACUCGGGACUAAAGAGUAACAAAAGCUUGAAGGGGCACGCGUCGGAUAUGCGCGUGUACACGAUUGAUGGCGCCGUGGAUUCAAACAAUUUGUUUAGUAUAGAAUGUGCAAUGGCAUACUUGGGAAAAGAAAUACCAAUUGGUGUAAAUAUAUAA